AAAGGGGGAGGGGCUGAUUAGCGAUGACGUCAGUCGCCCCUUUUCAGCGCUUCGCCGGAGCGAGAGCUGAGAAGAAGACGAUGCUGCGAGCAGUGGUUGUUAGUGCUUUUUUUCUGGUCGUUGUUUCGGCCCAGCGGCCUUCAAGAUGCGUGUCUCCACCUCAAUGGGAGGGCAGGUUGAUCGAGAUUGACCCCAGCAAGAUGUUUGAGAGGCGGGCCAACCUCUCGUACGAUGCCACCAACAAGCGGGUGCGCACCAUUGACGAAAUUGAGGAGGGCUCGGAGCGCGAUUUCUAUGAUGAAAUCUCGCUGUUCGAGAAAAAAGUCCACUACAGUGUAAACCUGAAGACAAAGCAGUGCAACAAGACAGCACUCGAUAAGGAGUUUCGUCCAGUUGAAGUACCACUCUUUGCAAACUUCACUGAUGAAGUGUACCUGGGCAUUUCGGGCCUUAUUGGUGCAGGAGUGCUGGAAAACAUUUUUCAGGGAAAUGAUGCAGACAAAGGUCGCUACUCUGGAGCAUGGACAGAGUUGUAUUGCAUUCCUGUUACCGACACCUACCUCAGCAUGAGUACUGGAUAUGUUCACUGGAGUUUCUAUGAUGUCAGCCCUGGUAUUAAAAAUGUGAAUGUCUUCAACCCACCUCCAGAGUGUCAGUAGUGCAACUGCUGUGUAGUCUAAGGGACUCUGUAGAUGUCUAAUGUUAUUUACGUUUGUCACAUGUGAUUGUAUGUGUCUCAUGACUUAGGGGUGUAGCUCGCUGAAUGAGUGUUAGUAGUGCAACCUCAGGUGAUAGGCCGUGACCUCUAGAUAGCCAAUGUGUCACAUGUCUACUGAGUGUUGCGUAUUUUCUUGUAUGCGCAUGCGCAAUAUCAGCGACUUCAGGGGCGUUGCUGCUGCUAUCGCCGAUCAAACGUCGUAUUAUACGAGAGCAAUGCGUUGUUACUUUCUCCUGUUUGCUCUUGCGAGCUCCGUCGCCCUGGUUGUGGGACAACCUGCGCCCUGUGUGUCACCGCAGAUAUGGCAAGGUCGUUUGUUCGAGGUUGAUCCUUCCAAGGCCUACGACCGACUGGCUAUGAUUUACUACAACGCCACCGGGAAGAAAGUCGCCAUCCACGAGGAAGAGAGCGAAGGCCAGCAGCGGGAGUUCUACGACGAAAUCGCACUCUACGAAAAGAAAGUGCUGUAUCGCAUCAACAGACGGACCGGGGAGUGCACCACCACCAGUCUGGAUACUCCAUUCCGCCCCAUCGCGGUCCCACCAAAUGCUACAUACUAUGGUACCUACUAUGUAGGCAGCACAGUGGAUCCUUUGGCUGGAUUCAAGGUGAACAGCUUUGGAGGAGACACUGACAAUGGUCGAUAUGUAGGGACUUGGUCAUAUGUCAAGUGUGUACCAGUCACUGACUCUUACUUUGGAGAGCAGACCGGAUUUGUCCACUGGAGUUUCUAUGAUGUAGAGCUGAGUAUUGAAGAUCCUGAUGUGUUCAUUCCACCGGCUGGGUGUCAUCAGUAGUGAUGGCAUUUUCUGAACCAUUCUAUAUAAUUAUGUAGCUUGUAUAAUAUUAUGUAUAUAGCAUAAUAAUACUGUUGCAAGGACAUAAUUAU